GCUUUCAUCUGUAAAAUGGGAGCUGAUCAAGUCAAGGGAGUAGUGCUUAGUGAAGCCCAGACGUCUGUACCAGUGUGAGGACCCAGACGUCUGUACCAGUGUGAGAAACUGUUACUCUCUUAGGGUAUUGGACAAUAUGGACAUGAGUUAUGACACUGUAAUCAUGUGUCAUUGAUGGAAAUUUUCCUAGUUAUUUUAACUAAUAUUUUCUUAGAACAGGAAAGUUUUCCAGAGAUCAUCUAAUCACUAGAUUCUAAUCUAACCCCUCCAUUUUACAGAUAAACUGAGGCCCAGAAUAAAUUUCUACCUUAUUAAUUACAGCAGCAACUGUAUAAACUUGAAAGAUCUCAGUAUAUGUGUGUGUAACAAACACACACACACACUCGUUCUCAGACAUGAAUCUGUGGCCUUAUGGUAACUCCACAGCCUGCUCUGAUAUCUGCAGCCCACACGUUGGGAAGCCCACUGACUCAGUUACAUGUUAAAAAAUCAAAUAUAGGCCAGGCGCGGUGGCUCACGCCUGUAAUCCCAGCACUUUGGGAGGCCAAGAUGGGCGGAUCACCUGAGGUCAGGAGUUUGAGACCAGCCUGGCCAACAUGGUGAAACCCCGUCUCUACCAAAAAUUCAAAAAUUAGCUGGGCGUGGUGGUGGGCGCCUGUAAUCCCAGCAACUCAGGAGGCUGAGGCAGGAAAAUCUCUUGAACCCGGGAGGCGGAGCUUGCAGUGAGCCGAGAUGGCGCCACUGCACUCCAGCCUGGGCGACAGAGCGAGACUCUGUUUCAAAAUAAAUAAAUAAAUAAGUACAUAGAUAAAUAAAUAAACACUUGCACAUUUCAUUCACUGUCCUCAUUCUGGUUUUCCCCGAGGCACGUAGUUCUGACACUUGAAUGUGCAUGAGAAUCACCUGGAGGGCUUUUGCCGGAACACGGAUUGCUGGGCUCCCUCCCCAGUUUCUGAUUCAGGAUGGGGGGGAAGUUUUGCAUUUCUAACAGGUUCUCAGGUGAUGUGAUGCGGCUGGGCAGGGACCUCAUUUUGGGAACCACUGCCCUAGGCUUACUGAUUCAUCUUGAAUCCUUUAACUCAGAGUCAAAACUUACUAUGCACCUUUGUCUGAUCCCUCCCCAACUCCAAACCAGCUUGACCAGUGGGAGAAUGACUCCAUGACUCUGCAGAAAAACGCUAUGUAGGUGUUAUUCACAUUUUUAAAAUAGGCAUUUUUGGGGGAGGGAGAAAAAAAAUCUAGAACCCUAAGAAAGAAUCCAAUAUGGGCCGGGCACGGUGGCUCAUGCCUGUAAUCCCAGCACUUUGGGAGGCUGAAGCAGGUGGAUCACAAGGUCAGGAGAUUGAGACUGGCAUGACCAACCCAGUGAAACCCCAUUUCUACUAAAAAUACAAAAAUUAGCUGGGUGUGGUGGUGCACGCUUGUAGUCCCAGCUACUUGGGAGGCUGAGGCAGGAGAAUCGCUUGAACUCAGAGGCAGAGGUUGCAGUGAGCUGAGAUCGUGCCACUGCACUCCAGCCUGGGCGACAGAGUGAGACUCUGUCUCAAAAAGAAAGAGAGAGAGAGAAAGAAGGAAGGAAGGGAAGGAAGGAAGGAACGAGAAAGAAGCCAAUGUAGAAGCAGGCUAGAAACCUGUCAAGGAAGGAAACCCAGUUAUUUUCUGGGAGGGCAGUGGGAGCACAGACUGAUGGCCAAGAAAGCUCUCAGCUGGAGAAACACAGCGACAGAAGUGGAGUCAUUUCAGAGCUUGGCUGCAGCUUCUCUCUCGCUGUUUCUCUCCCUUCUUUCCCUCCCUCCCACUUCUCUCCUUCCCUUCUUUCCUGCUUCUUUCUUUCCUUCCUUCCCUCCCUUCCUUUUUUUUAUCCUUGAUUUGAAAUAGAGAAGAAUCAGAGUUGGGAACCUGGAACUUUUGAAAAUGCAGCUUUUCCUUAGAAGAGUCAGUGGUGGGCCUGUGGUAGCUUCCUCUUUAGCUCAGAGGCUGAAUGGCUGUAAUGUGCAAAAGGUUUGUGAUGCCAAGCUGCUGAGCAGCUCAGGCGGAGUCAGGGAGAUCCGGGGCCUGCGAUUCUGCUUCUUGGUCCUUUCUCUCCUAGAAACCCCUCACGGCCUCCCCAACAUGGGUUAUGCUUCAAAGGGGGUGCCAUGGACAGAAUUCUCCCCCAUGACAGGACGGAAGAACACCGAGACCAGAGAAGUCAGACCUGUGCAGACCGCCCCACAGACUCCCCAGCCGCGACCCCGUCUUAGCUCAGCGUUUCUCCUCCCUCCGCAGGUGCUUACUGCUCUGUUGUCAGGUGGCCUGGCUUUACUUGGAGCCCUGAUUUGCUUUGUCACUUCUGGAGUUGCUCUGAAAGAUGGUCCUUUUUGCAUGUUUGAUGUUUCAUCCUUCAAUCAGACACAAGCUUGGAAAUAUGGUUACCCAUUCAAAGACCUGCAUAGUAGGAAUUAUCUGUAUGACCGUUCGCUCUGGAACUCCAUCUGCCUGGAGCCCUCUGCAGCUGUUGUCUGGCACGUGUCCCUCUUCUCCGCCCUUCUGUGCAUCAGCCUGCUCCAGCUUCUCCUGGUGGUCGUUCAUGUCAUCAACAGCCUCCUGGGCCUUUUCUGCAGCCUCUGCGAGAAGUGA